AUGGAGGAUCUCAAUUUGACAGAGACCGAAAUGAGAUAUUUCGGUGAUUUGUUUUUGUGCUGCGACGAGGAAUCCAACGGGAAAAUACCGAUUUUAAAGGCGACUGAAUUAUUUAGAUCAUCCAACGUAUCCAAUGAUGUAUUACGACAGAUCAUGGAUAUUAGUGUAGCGCCUAAUACAUGCACGUCAUUAAAUCAUAUGAAUAGAAAGCAAUUUUAUUCAGCUCUCAAACUGAUAGCCGCUCAUCAAACAAAUAUGUCCCUAAGACCAGAACUUUUAUCAACUCCCUUAGAUUUGCCAUUGCCAAGAUUUACAUGGGCACUAAACUGUGACGCCAAUGCUGAUCUCAUACAGUUGUCAAAUUCACCGAAGGAACAGCAUAUAUCGAAACGAGACAGAAAUUUUGGUAGUAUCGCUGCAUACGAGCCAAUAAGAGUGCCAUCAAACCUAUCUGAUAGUGACGCUCCACAAACAAUGUCUCAUGAUAAUACAGAAGCUUUAAGUACGGACUCAGAAAUGGAGUCGGAGACGUUGUCACAAAGAUCUGGUUCACACGGGAGACGUGUGAAGGCUGGAUCUCCAUGGAGUACAGCCAGUGAGAGUCCGACGCCAACUAACAGUGUGGCAGAACGUGUUCAUCCAGUGUGGGAACAUAGUGCUACGGGUCGAGGGGUUUGGCCGACAAACACCACCGAAGAACAUACUCGCUUAUUAGGUACUGAGGAAGAGUCUUCUGACCGUCACUCCUCGGAAGAAGAGGCUGAUGAUACUGAUGUUUGUUCUAUGAGUGAAGCUCAAGCUCGACACUAUGCUGCUCAGUUUGCUCAGCUGCGACCUGAAAGGGGUAUGCUGUCUGGACAAACGGCCAGACUUUUUUUCGAAAAAUCUCGCCUUUCGGUUUCUGAUCUGAGGAAAAUUUGGCAGCUGUCGGACAUCACUCAGGACGGGAUGCUUAGUUUAGAAGAGUUUAGUAUAGCGAUGCAUUUGAUCGUUCUACGGAGAAACAAUAUACCAGUACCAGACGUGUUGCCCGCCUGCCUCGUGCCGACCGUCGACUCGCAGUUCACACAACGAGCGGUUACCACGGACCUAGUGGACCUCGGCUCGGACAUGUUCAACUCCGGAACCUCCGCUGACUUCAACUUCGCACCCAAACCGGAAAUGAACGACCCGUACGAAACCAAACCGGCCAAAAAACCGGAAGACCGCCAGCCGUCAUCGAGCCCGCCGAAACCAGAGCCUCAGAUAAACAACAAGGAGUGGACCAAGUUCGUCGAUUCUCCGACUUCUAGUGUAUCUAGCCCCGGACCGAAGCCAGUCAAUUUUGACUUCCACAAGUCUGCUCUGGAGCGGGACCCGAAGAUAUUCCAUCCCGUAGCCUUGAGGGUGACUCCCGAGUCCACCGCCCUCCCACACGAAACCGACACUCGCUCGAGCACCUCCCCGCGGCGAGACGACUUCGUGCACGCCUUCGAACUCGCUAGCCCCAAGCGACUCAACUCACAACCACCAGAACAACCCAACGGUAAUCCAGAGAUCAAGUCCAUACAACGCCCGCAGCCCAAGAAGCCGAUGAAGAGCGCCGGCGUGCUGCCCCCUCCCCCCGCGCGCGAUUCCCUCCCUCACACCGAGGACGCGGGGUCGUCGGCCGGGCCGCAGUCCCUUCAGUACGCGCCACGCAAGGAGCCCCCUCCCCCUCCCCCGCCGCGGCCCCUCAGGAACCAUGCCCGCUCCAGUUCCCUGGACCUGAACCGCCUGAAGGGUCAGCCGUGUCAGUCGGCCGCUCCUCCCCCUCAGCCGCCCCCGCGGAUGUCGCCCUCCGCCGUCCGCGACUACGAGCCCGACGGUUUCGGUUACAAUCGCGACGACGCUCCGAAAAUGCACGGCGCCUUUGAAGUGUACCGCAAGCCGUCGAGGGAGCCGUCCCGCGAGGGCGAUGACCCCGACGUCCGCGCGCUCCACGAACAGAACUCCGUGCUGCACCGGGUGUGCCGCGCGCUGGCUCACGAGCUGGCGGACGCUCAGCGGGAGAAGGAGGCGCUGCGCGUGCGCCUGCAGCCGCCGCAGACCACGCCCCACACCUAG